AUGGCACCAACCGGCCCAAUUACCACACCCAUAACGACCCUCCUGGGGAUCAAACACCCCAUUCUGCUCGCCGGCAUGGCGCGCACGUCCGGGGGUCCCCUCGCCGCCGCCGUCUCCAACGCCGGCGGCCUCGGCGUCAUCGGCGGCUUCCAGUACACCCCGGACCAGCUCCGCGAGAUCAUCGCGGAGAUGAAGGAGAACUUCAAGUCCCCGGACCUCCCCUUCGGCGUCGACCUCGCCCUCCCGCAGGUCGGCGGCAACGCCCGCAAGACGAACCACGACUACACCGGCGGCAAGCUCGACGAGCUCAUCGACAUCACCAUCGACUCCGGCGCCCGCCUCUUCGUGAGCGCCGUCGGCGUGCCGCCCAAGCACGUCAUCGACAAGCUGCACAACGCCGGCAUCUACGUCAUGAACAUGGUCGGACACCCGAAGCACGCCGUCAAGGCGCUGGAUCUCGGGGUCGACAUCAUCUGCGCGCAGGGCGGCGAGGGAGGCGGCCACACGGGCGACGUGGCCAACUCCGUCCUCAUCCCCGCCGUCGUGGACGUCGCGAGGAAGUACAGGCCCAAGAUGCUCAACGGCAGCCCGGCGCUCGUGGUCGCGGCGGGGGGCAUCUACAACGGUCGCUCCUUGGCGAGUUCGCUGAUGCAGGGUGCGGUGGGCGUGUGGGUUGGCACCCGCUUCGUGGCCUCCGUUGAGGCCGGGUGCAGCGAGGAGCACAAGGAAGAGGUCGUCAAGUGCGGGUUCGACGGGACGGAACGCACGCUCGUGAUUUCCGGCAGGCCGCUGCGGAUGAAGACGAACGAGUAUAUUCGCAAGUGGCAUUCGCAGCCGGACCGGAUCAAGCAGCUUUGCGAUCAGGGCAUCGUGCCGAUUGAAUUCGACUUCAACGAGGGCAACGAUGUUGAAUUGCCGCACUUGAUGGGGCAGGUUGCUGGUGCUAUCAAGAAGAUUCAACCCGCGGGCGAGAUCGUGGAAGAGAUGGUGCAGGAGGCGGUCGAGAUGUUGAAACUUGGUGGGGGUUACUUGAGCGGUGAGCGCAGCAGGCUAUGA